AUGUUACUUCUUGACGGGGCCCUUGGAACAGAGCUUGAGAAGCGCGGAGUCGACGUGUCGGGCGGCCUGUGGUCGGGCAGGGCGCUUGUUGAGGUGCCUGACAAGGUUCGGCAGGUGCACGCGGACUAUGUGGCCAGUGGAGUUGACAUCUUGCUCACAGCCACCUACCAGCUGUGCGACGACAACUUGCGGCAGCAGGGACUUGAUCCGGGCACGGUGUACGCCAGAGCCAUUGAGCUGUGUCGCGAUGCGGCCAAAUCGGGCUCUCGUGGGUCUCGGGUGCAGAUCGCCGGAUCCAUUGGGCCAUAUGGCGCAUUUCUCGCAAACGGCGAGGAAUAUACGGGCAAUUACGGUACCGUUACCAUGGGAACACUGCAAAAAUUCCACCGUGGACGCCUGGACGCGCUGGAAAAGUCGCCGUACGUCGAUCUGCUGGCGUUCGAGACGGUGCCGUCGUUUUUGGAAAUCAAAGCCAUCGUCGGCCUUCUUUCCCACGGCACCAAGCAAUGGUACCUCAGUUUGAGCGUGACCGCGACCUCGCUUGCCGACGGCACGUCGUUUGACGACGUCGUCGACUGGCUCGACGCCCACCCAGACCCAAAACUGGUGGCUAUUGGAGCCAACUGUUGUGGUGCAGGGGUUUCUGUGGAGGUGUUGAAGCGGCUGGACAGCAAGCUGGCAAAGACAGCCAAUCUACAAGGCGUUGGGUUGGUGAUUUAUCCGAACUCAGGAGAGGUGUACGACGGCGAGAAGAAAGUGUGGACGGGCAAGAAGUCUGAGUUUUUGGUAGCAGCACACGAAUGGCUCCGUAUUCCUCGCGUCAAGAUCGUUGGAGGGUGUUGCAGAACAGGUCCACGUGACAUCGGUGAGUUACGCGAACUCAUUGACAGCAAAAGUAGUUGA